AUGGCGUCCUACAUCACGAAGGCCGGCAGCGCCGCGAUGAAAGCCGUGGAGGUCGUGCGCACGAAAGCCAUCCCGCCCGCGGUCGAGUACUACAAGGCGACGAUGGCGAAGAACGCGGAGUACGUCGUGAAAGAUCCCGCCGCGGUGGACAAGCUCGGGAGGCAGCUCGUGUUCAGCAACCUCGCGAGGCGCGUCCCUCGCCCCGCCUCGCCCGCCCGCGCCGCCGGGCGCUUCGUCUGA